AUGGCUAUGUUUUAAUUGUCCAAUAAUUUAAUCAAUGUGGUAUUCUAAAAUUACACUGUAGGUUAUUUGGAACUAUAUAUUGCUUUUUAUUAGCUGCAAUUGAUUUGUACUCGAUAUAUUUUCAUUAGUUAUGCCCAUAUGCAUUUAAGCAUUUGCUAAUAAAUAUAUUUAUCCUAUUAAUUUUGGCAGGGUUUUCUUACAUAAUUUAUGCUAAAACUUUAUUUAAAUAAGUAAUAAAAAACGCAUUAUAAUUAUUUUAGGAAAAAAUGCAAAAAUAUCAAAAUCGAUAAGAUAUUGCAAUUAGAUUAAAUCACUGGACAAUUAGAAAAGUUUUACUUUCUAAGAUUGGAUUUGCUGUAUUUGUUAUAGGAUUUAUUUAAAAUAUAUGGGCUUUAGAAACAUUUCUACAUUUGUAGGAGUGCAAAAAUUGUGAGGGUAUGUAACCAAAUAUUCUAAAAUUAAAUUUAUUGUUAACUAUCAUAGCAUCCAUACCAAUAGCAUUUAUGAU